GAUAGCUAGGUCAUGUGAUACGAGUGGGUGUGCUCUUUUUCUUCCUUGGAUGCUGUUUGCUGACUGUUCGACGUAGCUGGUAAAGUCCUAAAAUGGCGAACUUGCACCUGAGAAUUGGCGACUUGGUUUGGGGGAAGCUUGGACGUUAUCCACCAUGGCCAGGAAAGGUUGUAAGUCCCCCCAAGGACUUGAAGAAACCAAGUGGCAAAAAAUGUUUUUUUGUGAAAUUCUUCGGAACUGAAGAUCAUGCUUGGAUAAAGGUCGAACAACUGAAGCCCUACCACCCACAUAAAGAGGAGAUGAUCAAAAUUAAUAAAGGCAAAAGAUUCCAGCAGGCAGUGGACGCAGUGGAAGAGUUCCUAAAGAAAGCCAAAGGAAAGGAACAGGCAUCACAUAAUGGUAGUUCUGAAGACAAAAGCAAAUCUUCUACAGCUGAUGGGAAAAAGCGAAAGAAUCCAACAACGGUGAAAGCUCUGUUGGAGGAAGAUAAGAAGGAUCUAGCCUCUCAUAAACAAACCUUUUUUGAAAAAAAUAAGAAAGUAAAGGAUGAUCCAUAUUUUCAACACUUCCUGCUCAGCCAGACUGAGAAGCCAUGUUCUUCAUUGGAGCCCAUUAGCAAAAGACUGAAGAUUAUUGAGCAGGAGGCAGCUUCAACAUCUAUUCAAGCAGCAGACAGCACAGCUGUUAAUGGCAGCAUUACACCUACGGAUAAAAGAAUUGGAUUCCUUGGACUAGGACAUAUGGGAAGUGGAAUAGUUUCUAACCUGUUGAAAAUGGGCCAUGUUGUGACAGUGUGGAAUCGCACAGCAGAAAAGUGUGACUUGUUCAUCCAAGAGGGAGCCAGGUUAGGGCGUACUCCAGCAGAGGUUGUGUCCAUGUGUGAUAUAACAUUUUCCUGUGUGUCAGACCCAAGAGCUGCUAAAGAUCUAGUUCUUGGCCCCAGUGGUGUGCUUCAGGGAAUCCGACCCGGGAAAUGCUAUGUGGAAAUGUCCACUGUUGACCCAGAAACAAUCGCUGAACUGUCGCAGGUCAUCACGUCUCGAGGGGGUCGAUUCCUGGAGGCCCCGGUGUCUGGCAGCCAGCAGCUGUCUAACGACGGGAUGCUGGUUAUUUUAGCUGCCGGUGACAGAACUGUAUAUGAAGACUGCAGCAGCUGUUUCCAAGCUAUUGGAAAAACUUCGUUCUUCUUGGGUGAAGCAGGGAAUGCUGCAAAGAUGAUGCUAAUCCUAAGUAUGGUACAAGGCAGUUUCAUGGCAACAAUUGCAGAGGGUUUAACGUUGGCUCAGGUCACUGGUCAGUCACAGCAAACGUUCCUGGACAUUCUGUGUCAGGGACAAAUGGCAAGCACCUUCUUGGACCAGAAAUGCCAAAAUAUCUUGCAGGGCAACUUCAGACCUGAUUACUAUUUGAAGCACAUUCAGAAAGAUCUUCGUUUAGCAAUUUCAGUGGGUGAUUCGGUCAAUCACCCAACUCCAAUGGCUGCAGCAGCCAAUGAGGUCUACAAGAGGGCAAAAGCCCUGGACCAGUCUGACAAUGAUAUGUCAGCGGUAUACAGAGCCUAUAUUCACUGAAUCUUAAAAAGGGGUUCAGGCUUUCCUCCAUAUACGUAUACACUUUAAUAUAAUUUUUAUAUUUACUUUUUUAUGACUCUGCCCAGAUCCUGCCUAUUUGGCAGCAGUGAUAUUUCUUCCCAUAUGCGAUGGGAACUGUUUGUAAGCUUAAGUAUUGCACUGACUUUGUACUAGAGUAAUAUGAGCUUAUUCGGCUCCUCAGUGUUUAUAAUAGGGUGAAAUGCAGUAUCUUCUGUGUUAAACAUAUACCUUUUAUUCAUUGCACUCAAAUUUUAAAGGGGAUUUAAGUUUGACUUGUCAUUUGUGGCCACUCAUGAGUUCCAUUAUUUAAUUUGCUAUCUAUACUUUUCUGUAUUUGUCUAGAAUGAUGUAAAUGACAAAAUUGCUUUUAUUCAGAGCUGGCUCGAGAGGCAUCAAGAAAAUACCAUUGCAAUGCCUUAUUAUUGUAACCCACAAGAGAUGUAUUUAUUUUAUCUUCUGAAGCAGUCUUAUUUCUCCAGUACAGAAAACAGGGGAAAUUACAUUCCCAUAUUUUACAAUUGUAGUAUGUUCCAAUGCCUUAAAACUAAUGCAUUUUCAGUUAACUGUUAAGGAAACUUACAUGGGGUUGUCGUUAUUCAAAAUAUGUGCAAAGUAUUAUAGCAUCUUUGUACUAUCAAUUAUUAGAAUUUAAACCUCUGCACUUUUAUUUUCUAAUUGUAUUAUGGACUGUAUAUCAUUGAUUGAAUUGCAUUGAAUAGUUCCCUGUGUACAUAUUGCCAUACUCACUCAGCUCUAAUGAUGUGCUGCUAGUUCAGCUGCGUUUGACAUUUUGUGCUUUAACACUUGUGCUGUUAUUCACAGCACAUAAAAUGGAACAGUCUAUAGAUUUUAUCCAGAAUUCAUCAAUGCAACUCCACCUUUGGAACAAAAAACAAACUUGUACUUUUGUGAAUUGUGCACACCCAUAUGGAUAUAAGUAAUGCAAAGUAUACUCUGGAAAACUGAGCAUGCGUUUUAAUUUUGGUCCGUAAUGGAAUUGGAUUGAAUUGGGGAAAUAUUUUAUCAUAUUUAAUAAACUAAACUGAUAAUAUUUAGGACACAUUGUGGACAUUACCUUAUGUUAGUGUCUUGUCAUUUUAGUUCAAUUUAAACAUUAAUAAAAUAAAUAUGUAUAAUGUAGGUGCAUAUUGGUAAAAAUAUUAGUUUUAACUGAAGAUCAUUUUAGUCAACCCAGUUUUAUGUAUUCCAAUAAAUCUUUCCCUUGUAAAUGUUCAAGUGUAUGCAUUUUUGUCAAAAAUAAUUCUAAACUCUGUAAGCUUGUUUCAGUUUUAAGUGAUUAUGGCUACUCUGUAAUUCUGAAAUAUACAAUCUGUCUUAUACAGUUGUCUGUAUGGCUAGUGUUUUAAUGUGUUCCUUAUAUAAAUGCUUUCCUUAUUUUGUCAACAUGCUGAAUAAAAACAGGAUAAUGGACAGUG